AUGAUAAUGAUUGAUGAGGAGGAGGAGGACGAAGAGGAAGAAGUAUUGGAGGGAGCAAAUGUUUUAGAUAUUGGCAACAAUAAUCUCGAAGAGGGUGAGAAUGAUAAUGAAGAGGAGUCAAGUGAAGAAGAGUCCAGCACUGAAACUGAUAAUGAUGAGAGUACUUCAGGAGAGGAGGAGGAAGAUGAUGAUAGUAAAGUGAAUAAUCUUCAGAAAUUAACGGGCAAGAAGGACGAAGAGGAGGAAGAGGAUGAAUAUGAAGACGGCCAGAGUCAUCCUGGUGAGGGCUUUAACACUUCUGCCAAGAGGUCAUUGCCAUCUUUAAGUUUGAUGUCACAAGAUCAUGUAUCAGAGUCUACUAACAACACCUCAAAGCUAGAAAUACAAGUUACAGCUCAGAAACAGUUCAUGGAAGAGAUGCAAAUGAACCAUCAACUCCAAAAUCAGUCAGAUAGUCAAGCAGUACCACCCCAUGUUGCGGAAGCCAUGUUAAUGCAGAGUCCACUGGCAACAUCUCUCCUACAAUCUUUUCUUGCUACGUCAUUAUGGUUUGGUUCGCCAGAAACUUCAAAGAAAAAGAAGACUGGAGGACAAGCCAAACAGAAGCAGUUGCAACAAGAUUCAGAUGACCUUACAAGAGAGACCUUAGCAGUUGCUGCUGGAUCAACAAAAGAUAAAAAGAAGCGUCAAAAGAUAAAGAAUACUGGCCAAAGUUAUGUGAAUACCAAGGGAAAGCUUGUAGAUGCUAAGAGAGUAUGGCCACAGGACUGUAGUAGAUGCCCUUUGAAAUGUAAUGCCAGAAUAAGUGAAGAAGAUCGGCUUCGUAUAUUUGCUGAAUAUUGGGGUUUGGCAGAUUAUAACUUGCAGAGAAAUUACUUGGCAGCACAUAUGCAACGGGAAGAGAAGUUGGGUCCUAGUGGGUUACUAAGGACUGUUAUUCUGUACUUCCUCUCUCGGGACAAAGAUACAAAAUUACAGGUUUGCCGUCAGUUCUUCUUGAAGACUUUAGAUGUAUCAGAAAAAGCUUCCAGAAUUGUUUUGGAGAAAAUGGUUCGUGGUGAACUGGGGACUGAAGGAGGUGGCCCAGCUACACCACCAUUAUUUAGUAAUCGUCCACAUUCAUCACAAGGAGAUAAUGAAAAGUCUGGUAAAGAAGAUGGUGAAGAUGAUGAUGAAGAGGAAUUGAAAAGUGAUGACUUGUCUUGAGUGAUAAUAGAUCAUAUAUCUGGACCAUUUUUGUAUGUUUCAACUUGCACUCAUCAUGUAGUUUAUAGUUUUUUGUCAUGUCUGAAGUAUGAGGUGAAAAGACAUCACAGGCUACAUGCUUAAUAAAGCAAAGGCAAUAUAGGAAGAGGAUGUGUAGUAAAAAUUCAAGUAGCUGAGGCUUUCAAGGACCAAUAAGUUUUUGCUUGUGCUUUAUGAUUAAACAUUAUUUGUACUAUAA